CGCAAGUCAAAAACCUUGGAAAGAUAUUUUUUACUUUAGUCUUCUGUAACAGUCUUAGCUACAAUUAUUUACAGGUUUGCCGAAAGGAAAACUUUGCAAAAGGUCACUUUGCAAAAAGUCAAAACACCACCGGCGGAGUCUUUGAUAUAUAUCCGGAAUCCGAAAACGGAUGGAUUGUUAUUCCAAGACGAAUGGAUGGAACAGAAGACUUUUACAGGGGAUGGAACAAUUAUGUCAAUGGCUUCGGAGAAAAAAAUAAGGAAAUGUGGUUAGGCCUGGAAACAAUUCAUCAACUGCCUAAAAAGGGAAGUUACGAACUCAGAGUUGAUUUGGGAGAUUUCAAUGAAAACAUCACUUUUGCUGAAUAUGGGAUCUUCUCCGUCGCAUCUGCAAGCGAUAAAUAUAGGAUGACGCUUGGAGGGUAUAAUGGGACAACUGGAGAUCCAUUCACAUAUAAUAGCAACUCGCAGUUUUCUACUAAAGAUUUCGAUAAUGAUCGUAAUAAUGUCGACAGCUGUGCGGUAGAUCGGAAAGGUGCCUGGUGGUACAAUUGAUGCUCAAAAACAAAUCUGAACGGCAUAUACUUCACAUAUGGAAAAACUGAUCGCACCUCAAUUUACUGGCAUAACUGGAGGCAACUUCAAUCCUUGAAAUUCACGGAGAUGAUAUUUAGACUAAAAACUUAACUUUACGUUACAAAGUCGUUGCGUUGCGAACAUAGCUAUAAUCGUUUGUAUAUGCUACAGAUCGGCCCAACAAAAUGAUUUUUAUAUUGGUAAAUAGAUAUAAAUUAAUUUGGUGACAUUGUCUCUGUUAAUAGUUGGUUAAAUUACUAUGAACAUAUUUCAAUCAAUUGAUUGAUGAAGCACUUAUUUUUUAUUAUGUACUCGUUGUAGUAAAUUUCAAUAUAAUUCUACGGAAGUUAAUUAUUUACUGUAUAUCACGAUGAUACAAAUGAGAAAGUACACAAGCUAUAUUUGAUUAUGGAGUUAGCUUAGUUUUAUUGUUUGUUUUCAGAGUUUUGAAUGAUUAAAAAAAAGACGACUAAGAGUAAAUAUUUUAUCAAUUUUAUGAUAAGUUUUCAUACCUGCAUGCUCCGCUGCAGCCACCGACUGCACAAACACUUAUUUAUUUGGGCAUUGCCUUCCGAUAUAUUAUGAUUUGGGCGAGUUAGUGGGCACAGGAAUAUUCAAUGUAUUUCCUAAUAUUAGUUCUGAACAACUUCAGAUAUGUAUUUCUUAACAUUAGGUCUGAACAACUUCAGAUAAUUUAAAUUGUAUCAGCCAAACUAUAAAAAAUAUUGAAGAAGUUUAGGUGAAUUUUACAAUUAAUCUAUGUCAUUUUCAUUAUAUAGCAAAUAUUGUUCCAAAUGAAAAAAAUAACUAAAGUUAUUAUUCCAAUAUAAAGUCUCCAAUUACUGUUUC